GAUAACCUGCAACAGUGAUAACAACAAUACGGCAAAAUAAUCAUCAGCAAUUUAUUAUCUGUAGCUGUAAUCAUUAUUGCUCCAUAACAAGCAAUAGCAAUAGUAGGUAACAGUCGAGAGUCGACAAUGAAUCAUCGAAGAUUAACAAUUCUGUAUGGCAGCCAGUCCGGGACGGCUCAAGAUUUGGCCGAACAAAUCUGGCGAGACAGCAAGUUGUACCAUCUGCAAGGUAUGGUUUUGGCAAUGGAUGACUAUAAUGUAUCGAAUCUUAUCGAAGAGCGUUUUGUUGUACUGGUUUGCUCUACUUACGGUCAAGGCGAAGAACCCGAUAAUAUGAAAAAAUUUUGGAAGUUCCUCUUGCGUAAAAGCCUCCCAAUUGGUUCACUACGAGGGCUGCAUUUUGGUGUGCUUGGGCUCGGUGACUCACGCUAUCCAAAGUUCAAUUACGUGGCCAAGCGCUUGCAUAAGAGACUAGUGCAGCUCGGAGGAAAUGCACUACUCUCGGUGGGCCUGUGUGAUGAUCAACACGACCUGGGAUAUGGAGCGGUUUUUAUGCCAUGGAUAAAAAAUUUUUGGAGCAAACUAAUAGAUCUGUGUCCAAUACCAGAUGGCUUCAGUAAGCUCGCCGUAAGUCCCCGUGAAUAUCGUUGGGAAGUGGAGAAAACUUCAGAACAACCAAAGGAAAUAUCUGUGGACAUGUACGACGAAAUCAUGUUUGACAAUCAGUUUAUUACGGAGGUAGAAGCGAAUACACGGACAACGGCGGAGGAUCAUUUUCAGGACGUAAGACUUAUAACUUUCCCCAAAAAACAUGUUACGUGGAAAGCUGGAGAUGUAGUUUAUGUUAGACCUGAAAAUUCACCAGAAGCCGUUACUAGACUCUUUGAAUUAUUCCUGGAACAUGGAUUGAAUUGGUAUAAGGAGACUGUGAUAAAGAUACAAGAAAUUGACUCAGAAAUGCCAGUCCCAUCAAUUUUGAACAAACCGCUGCCACUCAGCAUACUUGCUCAACAGUACUGGGAUCUUAGCGCCAUUCCUCGCGCUAGGGCUUUUGCCGUACUGGCACGCACAUGUUCCGAUGAUCUUGAGCGUGAGAAACUCCAAGAUCUUUCCAGUUACGAGGGACAAGAAGAUUUAUUUUCCUACGCCAAUCGACCACGCCGCUCAAUUUUGGAAGUUUUGCAGGAUUUUCCCCAUGCCUGUCGAUCACUUAAUUUACCGGCUCUUUUUGAGUUAUUUCAACCCAUAAAGGCUCGUCCGUUUUCGAUUGCUUCGGCUGCCGCCAGCGGGAAGUUGAAAAUACUGGUAGCAGUAAUUGAAUAUCGUACCAAACUUAAACAACCCAGAUUGGGACUAUGUUCGAAUUGGUUAAAAGGACUUCAACCAGGAAAACAAAUUAGAGUCUGGACCAGAAAAGGAACAUUCCAACUUCCAGUGGAUACUACUACACCAAUAGUAAUGGUCGGCCCCGGUACUGGUUUGGCACCGUUCUGUGCUAUUUUACAAGAGCGGGAACUGUUGGUUAACGUCAGAGAAUCCGGACCGUUGGUGUUAUUUUUUGGCUGCAGAAACUCGCAAGCGGAUUUUCACUGUGAACAAGACCUAAGAAGAAUGGAACGUUCAGGCCUGCUGGUGUUACAUUGUGCAUUUUCCCGUGAUCAACAGGAAAAAGUCUAUGUGCAGCAUUUAAUUCGAAAUCACGGUGAUCUAAUGAAGAAGCUAUUGAUGGAACAGAACGGUAUAUUUCUUGUUUCUGGAAGUUCAAAAAACAUGCCAGAAGCAGUACGUGAAGCAUUAGCAGAAGCCAUAGGGAAUUCUCUGUACGUAGACGAAAUGCUGAAAAACGAACGUUACCAGGAAGAAACUUGGGCUUAAUAUAGUUUAUUGUUG